GCGAAGGUUCUCCCCACCCUCCGCACUACUCCUGUUUGGGAAGUGAGGGUCGCCUUCCUUCCUCCCUCCCUCCUCGCCUCUUUCCUUCCCAAGGCCAGCGCUGCGCCUUCAUCCCGCCACCGGCGCGGCGCUUCCCACCCACUGCCGGGGCUCCCGCGGGGUUCGGGGAGCCGAUGCGGCGGUCGGAGGGAGGGAGGGAGGCUGCGGCUACUGCGGCGGCGGCUCUGCGGGGCGAGGAGCUUCACCUGCGGCUCUGCCUGGCGUAGCCUCUUCUCUCGAUUCACGGCUGCUGUUGCUGCUGCUGGCGCUGUCCGCGGGCGGCGGUGCUGAAGUGCGGCGGCGGCAGCUUUGCAGGCGCUUCACCUGCGGCGACGGUUGUGCCUGGCGGCGCCUCUGCUACUAUUACUGCUGCUGCUCCGGGCGCUGUCCGAGGGCUGUGGUGCUGAAGUGCGGCGGCGGCAGUCGCCUCCAGCUCAGGAGCUUCCCCAGGCGUGGGGCGGUGGGGGGGGGGGAGAAGAUAUAAAGACGCGUCCCCCCCACCUCCUCCUCCUCCUCCUCUCUACCCCCUCCCUCCCGGCUUCCUCCUCCUCCUGGCGGCUUAAGAGAUGCUGGUCCGCUGAGCGGCGGCGGCGCCGACCAUGAGUUCCUCCUCGGUGCGCAAGAGCGAGUCCAAGACGUCCUUACUGCGGACGGGCGGCGGCGGGAGCGGCAGGCGGGCGCCCAGCGAACCGCAGCCGCGCAGCUCCGGGGGCCGCACGGAAGGCAGCCCCGAGCCCAGCGCCAGGAGGCCCCUGUGCCACCCAGGAGCCGGCGCCACAGUCUCCUCCAACGGCAGCUUGAGGAGGCACCACCAGCAGCAGAAUCGCCUGGGGGAGCCCGACGAGGCGGAGGCGGCACCGCGGAGACGCGGGAGCGGCCGGGCGCGCGGCUCCUCUCGGAGUGCCAGCCAGGAGGCGGAGAGCGACGGGGUAGCGACGGCGGGUCGGGGGCAGGACUUGGGCGGCAAACGAGCCAGCCGAGAGUCCCUCCAGCUGCCCGACGGAGCGUCCCCCAAAGGCACCUCCGGCGGCAGCGGAGGCGGCGGCAGCAGCAAGAGCUCCGCCGCCUCCAAACCCGGCGCGGAAGUCGACCCACUCUUCCACCAGCUCCACCCCAUCCUCAGCUCCGUCUUUGGCCAGGACAGAGAGCUACGGCCAGAAGAAAUAGAUGAACUGAGAGAAGCCUUCAAGGAGUUUGAUAAGGACAGGGAUGGCUACAUCAACUGCCGAGACCUGGGCAACUGCAUGCGCACCAUGGGCUACAUGCCAACGGAAAUGGAACUCAUUGAGCUCUCCCAGCAGAUCAACAUGAACCAGGGUGGCCACGUAGAUUUCGAUGACUUUGUGGAGCUGAUGGGACCAAAGCUUCUGGCAGAGACGGCAGACAUGAUUGGGGUCAAGGAGCUACGCGAUGCCUUCAGGGAGUUCGACACAAACGGUGAUGGAGAGAUCAGCACCAAUGAACUACGAGAAGCAAUGAAGAAGCUGCUUGGGCAGCAAGUGGGGCACCGGGACAUAGAAGAUAUAAUAAGGGACGUCGACCUGAAUGGAGACGGACGAGUGGAUUUUGAAGAGUUUGUCAGGAUGAUGUCCCGCUGAGUAUGGUUCUUGGGCUGAAAACGAAUCAGCAGCUGAGGGAAGACGAGGACCUGAAUGGAGCGCCCAGCCCCAAUGUUCCUAUGCAAAGGCUGACGCACUGGCUGCGCUCGAGACAGUGCGAGACGCCAACCUGCCUCUCUGACCCAAAGUGGCCCUGAUGCUCCUUCACCCUUCCACACUGUGAAAAAAGACGAUCUCCAGCAACUGGAAGCGUUCCUGGGUGACGCUGGGCUCCAGGACCAGCCACGUUUGCAAGCGAAGGUGACAACUCUUUCCCUGCCUUGACUCUUCCGGCAAGCACUGCAAAGGUGAAAGAGAAGGAAGGGGUUCUCUCAAACUGGUGGCUUAUGGCAAAAAGCCACCUGGGAUUGGUGCCUGCCACGGAUUGCACUCUUUUCCUUGGUGAACUGACUGUGUAUUGGCCUCAUGCCUCCUUGUGUUGUUAAUCAUCUGUGUUGAGUUAUUUAUAGCCUCCCCGGAAUGUUCUUGUGUCUCCCUGCGGUUAUGUUAAUGAGAGCAAAUAUAUCUUUGAAAUGCAAAACAUAAAUAACAAGAGCAAGA